GAACAACUCUCUUUUUAUCUUUCUAUUUUGUUCUUCCUCUAUAUUUACUCUGUUGUGUUCCCCUCUAUGAUUUUCAGUGAAGUAGAGCCAGCAAUCACACUUCUCAAGUUCUCAUACAUCUCUAUCCCAUGGCAGAGGAUGCGGUGUUCCAGCCGAAGAGCCGCCCGGCCGCCGGGACAGAGCGAAGCUGGUGCAAGGCGGUGCCCGGUGGCACGGGGAUUACGGUCUUGGCCCUCCUCCUCUCCAAGCCCGUCGACAUCCUGCUUCUCCAAAAUUCCCUCCGCAAAUUGCAAGUGUCCCACCCAAUCCUCAACUCCCAGCUCCGGUACAAAUCCGGCGCCGGCAACUCCUUCUCUUACGUCACUCCCCCCGCCCCUCGCAUAACGAUCGAGCCGUUCGACCGCAAUUCGACGGCCGAGAUCCUCCGCGACCUCCACGACUCGUCAAUUUCCCAAUUCCACCUCAUGCUCGAGCACGAAUUGAACCGCAACGCGUGGCUGGAUCCCGAAACAGACGCCGACACUUUCUUCGCGAGCUUGUACGAGCUGGACGGCGGCCGGCGCGUCCUGGCCCUCCGAUUUCACACGUCUGUGUGCGAUCGGUCCACGGCGGCCGCAAUUCUGCCGGAUCUCUUGCAUCUCCUCGCCGGAGAAGGGGAAUGCGACGGAGAACGAGAGGUAGGGUUUGGAAUAGAGGAUUGUAUCCCUAAAGGGAAGGCGAAAAAGGCGUUCUGGGCGAGGGGGCUGGACAUGCUCGGCUACUCUCUCAACUCUUUCAGGCUGUCCAAUAUAGCUUUCCAGGACACCCAUUCGCCCAGAUCCUCCCGGGUGGCGAGGAUGAAGCUCGGGAAGCAGGAAACGGGUCGGGUUCUAGACGGGUGCAAAACCAGAGGUGUGAAAUUGUGUGGGGUUCUAGCUGCGGCCGGGUUGAUUGCUGCCCGUUCUUCCAAACACGUCUCAGAAUCCCAUUCAGAAAAGUACUGUGUUGUCACUCUGAUUGACUGCCGUUCCCUUCUCGAUCCCCAGCUCAACAGCAACCACGCCGGGUUUUAUCACUCAGCAGUCCUUAACACACACGACGUCAGAGGGAGAGAGGACAUAUGGGAGUUGUCAAAGAGAACAUACACAGCAUUCGCAAACGCCAAGGACAACGGCAAGCAUUUCACAGACAUAGCCGACAUGAACUUCCUCAUGGGGAAGGCCUUGGAGAAUCCGGGCCUGACGCCCCAUUCGUCCAUGAGGACUUCCUUUAUCUCCGUGUUUGAAGAUCCCAUUGUCAGCGAUCACCAAUCCACCGCCAGCCUCGUCGACCAAGUCGGGCUUGAGGAUUUCAUUUCCUGCUCUUCGGUCCACGGCAUCGGACCAUCCAUUGCCGUAUUCCACACCAUCAGGGACGGGGAGUUGGACUGCGCUUUUGUGUAUCCUUCUCCCUUGCACUCCAGACAACAAAUGCAGGGAUUGGUUGAUGAGAUGAAGAGAACUCUUGUUGAAUGGUAAACCUUGUCAAUAUGGCAACUCUUACCAAAAUGUACUGUUAUAUUUGUGGCGUUUUUAUUGUGUUGUUGCUGCUACAAUAGUUUAAAACAAUAAACAUUUUUAUGGUUUUCCAAAUUCAAAAGAUAAGGUGGUUUGAGUAGUUCACCU